UUCUAAAGAGAUGGAGGAAAACAAUGCCAACACAACAAAGAACAAAAUGACAGAUCCAUCGGAUUGAAGUUUAAUUUUCUUUUCCCUGCAAAAUUUCUUUAACACACACAGAGAAAAAUGGCGAAAAUGAAAUGGUAUUGGUAUUGGGUAUCAACAGCUGUAAUAUUCAGACUCAUUCUCAUAUAUUUCCCUAACAAUCUCAACUUAAGUUCUCGUCCUGAAGUUGCUACUCCUCUCACUAGUCUCCGUCGCUUGGCUGAAGGUUACUGGUUAAAGCAAUCUUCAAUUUCACCUUACUCAGGAUCUAUGUACCAUGGUUCACCAUUGUUACUGGCAAUACUUGGUCCAUUGACUGUUAUAAGAUUUGAAGGACAACCUGAGCACAUUGCUUGCAGUUUGUUAUUUGUACUUGCAGAUUUGAUCACUGCAAUUCUUAUACGUGCAACUGGACAGAAGCUUCACUUAUCGUAUAAACGGAGUUUGAAAUCACUAAAUGUUACGAAGCUAUUGGAAACUUCUGAGGAAAAAACUGCAGUAGAGAAAAUUUCUGGGCAUGGAUCUCAUGAGAGUGAAUUUCUAUCUGCUGGAGAUAUUGCUGCUCUUAUAUAUUUAUGGAAUCCCUUGACAAUCGUCACAUGUGUGGGCUUUUCAACGUCACCAGUCGAAAAUUUGAUGAUAGUAUUAUCUCUGUAUGGAGCAUGCUCACGUUUAGCUCCUUUAGCAGCAUUUGGAUGGGUCCUUGCAUCACAUUUAUCUCUUUACCCUGCUAUCUUAAUCAUACCGGUCAUCUUUUUGUUAGGAUAUGGUCCAGAUACUCCUCCGAAGAAAUUGUUCCGGCAACAAAAAUCUGAGUCAAAUGCAAAUGAUCUGGUGAUUCAAAACCGUUUUUCAUGGCGGCCUGUUGUACAUUUUAUAUUCUGGGCGUCUUUUUGGACAGUUUAUGUCUUGGUCUUAUGCAGUAUCUACCUUAAGCAGUAUGGUGGCUUGUCAGAAAUGUUUAAAAGAACACAUGGAUUUAUUCUUACUCUAGAAGAUCUGUCCCCAAAUAUCGGUGUUCUAUGGUACUUCUUUGCCGAAGUUUUUGACUUCUUCAGAGAAUUCUUUUUAAUAGUUUUCCACGUGAAUAUUCUUUUUAUGCUGUUGCCCUUGGCCAUACGUCUUUGCCACCGCCCAUGCUUUCUCGCCCUCAUAUACAUUGCAAUCUCAUCAAUGCUUAAAUCUUAUCCUUCGGUUGGAGACUCAGCUUUAUACUUGGCUCUACUGGGAUGGUUUGUCUAUGAACUAGCAGAAAUGCAAUUCUCGUUCUUCCUUUUCUGUGGAUACGUUGGAGUCACCCUGCUUAGCCCUGUGAUGCAUAAUCUAUGGAUAUGGAGGGGUACUGGAAAUGCAAACUUCUAUUAUGCAACCGCGAUGGCUUAUGCUUGCUUGCAGAUUAUUUUGGUUGUCGAGAGUGUAAGUGCUAUGCUUCAGCACGACAGAAUGCUAAGGAAACAAUUGACCACAUGAAACCAGAGACCUGUUAUGAGAUAAUUUUUCAUUACACACAACUUCGCUUUGUGGAAUUUGUCAAACAACCCACAAUACUGAAAGUGUUUCUAGGUGAUCCGCAUUCUUUGAGUCCCACUCUGGUGAAGAUCUAGAUAUUAACUAUUUGUGGUUGGUUGGUUCGAGUAGUAUCUUGAGGUUGUCUGAAGGUUGGUGGUUUAGCAACACCAAAUAUACAAGUAUAAUUAUUUCUUGUUUACUGAUGGAAUGCAGCAUUUCAAUAUAGUGUAAUCCUAGUACUCCUGCAUUGAGGAUUUUCUUUUUCUUGAAUAGAGUAAUGGAAGUAGAUGAGAUUUUUGAUGCGUAUGUAAUAUACUCUGGCUGAUGGCCCAGGCCCAUCCGAAUCACUACGUAGCGGUAUUUGACUAUUUGUUGGGUUGCCAACUGCCGCACUGCUGAAACCCAAACCUCAUCCAGUUGGUGCUUUAAACAAAUACUACUCAGCAACGGACAAAGCUACAUUAUACUCGUGAAAUGUAGUGUGGAAUUCAGCCAUUGCUGUGAUUCAGGUGC